AGGAAAUUUUUUAACAUAUUCAAUAGCUUUUAUAGAAUCGGAAAACGUUUAAAUAAUAAAAUUAUUAUUAUUAGCAAAAUACAUUUAAUAUUAUUACAAAAUAAAGCUAUUAUCAUCAAUUAAUAUUAUAUUUUUCUUAGUUUUUUUUUUUUUUAUUAUAAUAUCAUCAUAAUUACAUAAAUUAUUAUUUGUUUUAUUUAAAAGGACAGAAUCACAUCUACUCAUAGAAAAUAAGCUGUCUUAGCUUUCUUUAUAUAUUAAUGAACUAUAUGUAAAACAAGGGAGGUAAAAAAUAAAGCUAGAACCCACAUUUUUUUUAGAUUAAAAAAAUACAUCACCUCCUAUUUAAUUUGAAAUUUAUUUACAAGAGUAUAAUCCAACACCUGAGCCUCCGUAUGUAUGUUUUAUUUAUUUACUUGCUUAUUUGAAGAUUUAGAAGAUGUUUUUUUAUUCCUCCAUUUCGAUUCCUAUUCCUGUAUCUAGCAUUUCAAAUUUGAGAUAUCCUUUACUUUCUGGUUAUUCGUUUUCUUCAUUUUAUAAAUUAUUGUUAUUUUGAUAAUUUGGAUGCAGAAAGGCUUACGAUUUCGAAUUUUUAAAUUCUUAAGAGAAAUCAUUUUACAGCAUUCUACUUUAGGAAUAGAGUUUAGAAGGCAAUAUUUACAAAUUCUUUUAAAUUUCGUCCAAUGUAUGGUUUGUAAAUUAUUUGGGUGUAUUAUGUGAUAUAAUAUUUUAGUCAUAAUAGUUUUCACAUGUAUCGGAAAUUUUGGUAGAAUUGGAAUUGUAUAUGUUUGCUUCAUCUUCAUCAGAACUGUCAUCUAGAUCAUUUAUUUUAUUACUUUUUUAAUUUUCAAAGUCAUUUAUAAUUGCUAAAGAAUUCGUGUUCAAGUUUUCCUUUUUUUCAUUUUCAUUUAAGAAGCUAACAAUUAGAUUUAUUUGCCCUUUUUCGGUAAAUUUAAAAGCAUUUGAAAGGAGGUUUUGCAAUAUAGAAUUUACUUCUUGUUAAGGAAUUUUUAUUACUUUAGGUAAAUUUUAUUAAGCUAUUACUUAGAAAUUUACUUGAGGUUUAUUGUCUGUAAAGCAUUUAUUGGUUUAUUAAAAUUAUUCUAAAAAUUUGUAAAUUUCAACUUUUUGUUCGAUUGGAGAUUAUAAGUAAUGAGAAUUUUAUUAAUCAUGUUAUUAAAAGUAAUCGAGUAUUUUAGAUAUUGAUAAGUUCAUUUAUUUUAUACAUAUUUAUAUAGUUUUGACAUAUAAUGAGUUAUUAUUAAUUUCUUUUAUAAGUUAUUCUAGACUAAAAGUUAUUUAUUAAAGGUGAUUUCUUAAAUCAUGAACAAAAAUUGGGAUUUAUCCUAGUUCUUCC